ACAAAUAUAAAGACUGCAAGGACCUCUACAUACAUAUCCAUGGUAAUACAGACUCUGGUGUGUAUGAGAUAUAUCCAUUUGGUAAUAAUAGCAAGAUCAGCGUCUUCUGUGACAUGGUGACAGAAGGUGGAGGGUGGACAGCUAUCCAGAGACGUGUGAGUGGUUCAGUGUCAUUCGACAGAAUGUGGUCCGACUACAAGAAUGGAUUUGGUUUCCCUAACGACUCCUACUGGAUAGGAAAUGACGUUAUACAUCAACUUACCAAGGGAAGGAACUCCUCCCUCUACGUCUCCAUCACACUGACUAAUGGGACAAAGCUCUAUGAGUUAUACAACCAGUUCUCUGUUGCUGAUGAAACCAACAACUACAGACUUUUUCUUGGAGGAACAGCUACCGGAACACUGGGUGACGCUAUGUUAGGUACUGUAUUUUCUGACUACGAUCUGUCUGGGAUGGCCUUCUCCACCCCGGACAGAGAUAACGACGCGUGGAGUGGUGGUAACUGUGCUGUUGUCUUUAACAUGAGAGGAGGCUGGUGGUUUAACUCUUGUCACCUCGCCUUCCUUAACGGUCCUUGGUCCUCGACAUACUGGUACUUACCAUGGGCUCCCACGGUGAAUGAUGGUAGAGAGAUAAAGGAGACUCUGAUGAUGAUAAAACCUCACUGAAUUUUUAUAUCUUAAAUCUUUAUACCCAUUCUUGUUCACGCAAGUUAUGAAAAGUUAAGCACUUAUGUCUUACAAUUUAUAUCCAUAGUUGUGCACACAUGUUUAAG